AUGAUUCUGAGCUCUUGGGAGCGGUAUCUACACGAGCCUGAUGCAAUAAAAACUUAUGCCCAGACGUCUCUCUGUGGUAUCGUCACGUGGUAUUACAAUACUUCUCCGCACGUAGAAAGCCAACAGCCGCCGCCUCAGGGCCUGGAGUUCCCGGUGUCGGCAGACGGUCCCAAGUCCCCGUCCAGGGUGACUUGCAUUGAAGCAAGCGACGCCAAUGGAACCCCAAUGACUCAACUACUAGUCACACAGAGAGAUCCCGCGACUGUGGUGGCGGAUAGCGACUGUCUGUCGGUUCGAUUGGAUGCGCCAGAUUAG